AUGGAGCAGGCAAUGCUGCAGACUCUUGUUCUGUUGGCACUGGGAAUGCACUACCCAUGUGUCUCAGGUUUCCCGGUGUACGACUUCGACCCUUCCUCCUUGCAGGAAGCCCUCAAGGCCUCGGUGGCAAAGGUGAACUCCCAAUCCCUGAGUCCUUACCUGUUUCAGGCCACCCGGAACUCCUUAAAGAGAGUCAAUGUCCUGGAUGAAGACACCUUGGUCAUGAACUUGGAGUUCAGUGUUCAGGAAACCACAUGUCUAAGAGAUUCUGGUGAUACCUCCUCUUGUACAUUCCAAAGGGGCUACUAUGUGCCAACAGCUGCUUGCAGGAGCACCGUGCAGAUGUCCAAGGGACAGGUACAGGAUGUAUGGGCUCACUGCCGCUGGGCCUCCACAUCUGAGUCCAACAGCAGUGAAGAGAUGAUUUUUGGGGACAUGCCAAGAUCCUAUAGACGGAGAAACGAUUAUCUGCUUGGUUUUCUUUCUGAUGAAUCUAGAAGAGAACGAUUCCAGGAGCGCUCACUUGAGACAGUGAGAAGGGGGCAUCCUCCUGCACAUAGAAGGUUCCAGAACCUUCAACACAGAGCAAGAAUAAAUUCUGGCUUUGAGUGACAUCCUGGAG